AAAUAAGCCAUUGCAUUUUAUUGUGUAUAUAAUAUAUGCAAUGGAAAAUGGAAUUUUAGAACCAGUUAGUCCAACUGGACAAUACUUCACCAGCUCUGCUAUUUCAGUAUCUGUAAUUGUUGUUCUUGAAUUAGAAUUCCCAAUCGACCAAUCCCGAUUCGACACGUUGCUCGAAACCGUCUUUCUUCCAAUCAACCCUCGUUUCUCCUCUCUCAUGGUGAAGGACAAAAAUGGAAAAAAGCACUGGAAGAAGGUGGAAGUGGAUAUCCAAGAACAUAUCAAAACCCCAAAUUUCCCACGUGGGAAAUCAUCCGAAUUCUACGAGGAUUGCCUGUCAGAAUAUUUGUCCAAAAUAUCCCUAGAACAACUCCCCGAGAGCAGGGCAUUAUGGGAAUUUCACAUAAUAAAUUACCCAACAAGAAAUGCAGCUCAAAAUCUUGUUUUCAAGCUUCACCAUUCACUUGGAGAUGGCUACUCACUAAUGAGAGCUCUUCUUUCUUGCUUGCAAAGGGCAGAUAAUCCUCAACUCCCACUAACUUUCCCUUCAUUGAAUAAUAAAAAACCGAAAACUCGUAAAAUUAAUAUUUGCGAAAAUAAUAUUUUAUCAAGGGCUUUUGAUAGUGUGUACGAUUUCGGGUGGAGUGUUUUGAAGAGCAUUGUGCUUGAAGAUGACAAGACUCCGAUAAGAUCGGGCGACGACGACGGAGUUGAAUUCCGGCCAAUCUCUAUCACCACCAUGGUCUUUUCGGUUGACCAGAUCAAGAAAGUCAAGGCCAGUCUUCAUGUGACGAUAAAUGAUGUGAUAUGUGGAGCAUUGUUUCUUGGGAUCAGACUGUACAUAAAGUCAACGAAACAUGACCAGUCAAAUGCAAAGUCAACCGCAUUGGUUCUUCUCAACACAAGAAAUAUCAACGGCUACAAAUCAAUCUCGGAAAUGGUCGAACCGGAUGCCGAGUCACCAUGGGGAAACCAAUUUGCGUUUAUUCACGUUUCGGUCCCUAAAUUAGCUUUUUCAAACCCAAUUGAUCCUCUCAGUUUUGUUCUCAAGGCUCACAAAGUGAUUAAGAGGAAACGAAAUUCUGCAGCAUUGAUUUUAACUGGUAAAUUGCUCGACACGUUGAGGAAAUUAAGAGGCCCUGAGGUGACAGCUAAAUACAUACAUAGAACAUUGAAGAACACAAGCAUGACAAUUUCAAAUAUAAUAGGACCUGUGGAAAAAAUGGCUUUAUCAAAUCAACCAAUCAAAGGCAUGUAUUUCAUGGUUGUUGGUGUUCCUCAGAGCUUAACAGUAACAAUGGUGAGUUACAUGGGAGAGUUGAGAGUUGCUUUGGGAACAGAAAAUGAUUUAAUUGAUGCACCCAAAUUCAGACAGUGUGUUCAAAAUGCAUUCGAUAUGAUUUUCAAAGCAGCUCUUGUUUAAUUAAGUACCAUGUAAUUUGUUUAAUUCAUGGAUUAAUAUUUGAGUGUAGCUCUUGUUUUUUUAUUACAUAAUUGGAUGAAAUGCUCCGUUGCAUUAACACAAGUUAUAUAAUAUGUAUGUCAUUUGAUA